UUUUCGUCCACCAAACUGGAUCUCAAACUAUUAAAAGCUUAUUAUCCAAUGGAAAGAAUGCAAGUGUAUAACCCACUGCACAAGAUAGUACGUCAUACUCCGUAUUAUCUGAGAGAUAUCCCUCGCCCUUGGCUCCAUUUUCUUCCUGCUAAACCUAGACUCCAUACUGUCCUAGCUUCUCCAAAUCUGCAAUGCUCUGCUUUACCCUCUGUGCUCUGCCCAGCUAAUAUUACUCUCAGUCACCAGGUUGAAGAAUGGCCUUCACUUUACAUUCACAUUUUCUUGAAAACCAAACAAUCCAUUCAAAUAAUGGGUUACAUCUUGUGAGUUAUAAAAAGCGCAGCUGGACUGUCUCAGAGAGUGUAGCCAUAGUGCAGUUCUUGCCAAAUAGAUGGAGAGAGAGACACAGGAAGCUGCUUAAAACUCAUAGGAUGUGCAGCGUGUUGGGUUCUACACGCACCGGCCUUCCUUUACGUAGAAAAGAGAGUAGCUCUUUGAAAAAUAAUAAGGAGAUAACCAAAUACUGGGAGGCAUUAUCCUUGAUCAUCGGUAGGAAGUGGACCCACUUUGCCCAAACUGCAAUAAUAGCUGCAUUUGUUUUUAUGGUAAUUCCAGAGGCUGAUGCAGUGGAUGCUCUUAAAACUUGUACUUGCUUGCUGAAAGAGUGCAGAUCGGAGCUUGCCAAAUGUAUAUCAAACCCUUUAUGUGCAGCCAAUAUUACUUGUCUCCAGACUUGCAACAAUAGACCCGAUGAAACAGAAUGCCAGAUAAAAUGUGGCAAUUUGUUUGAAAACAGCGUAGUAGACGAGUUCAAUGAGUGUGCAGUGUCACGAAAGAAAUGUGUGCCACGUAAAUCAGAUGUAGGAGAAUUUCCUGCUCCUGAUCCAAGUGUUCUUGUAAAAAACUUCAGGAUAAAAGACUUUGAGGGGAAGUGGUUUAUAACCAGUGGAUUAAAUCCCACUUUUGACACUUUUGAUUGCCAAGUGCACGAGUUUCAUGUUGAAGGAAACAAACUUGUGGCUAAUUUAUCAUGGCGGAUUCGGACACCAGAUGGAGGUUUUUUCACUCGAUCGGCCGUGCAGAAUUUCUUGCAAGAUCCACAGUAUCAGGGAAUAUUAUAUAAUCAUGACAAUGAGUAUCUUCACUAUCAAGAUGACUGGUAUAUUUUGGCAUCUAAAGUGGAAAACAUGGCAGAUGACUAUAUAUUUGUAUAUUACCGGGGAAGAAACGAUGCAUGGGAUGGAUAUGGAGGUGCUGUGUUGUACACAAGGAGUGCUGUUUUGCCAGAAAGUAUAGUUCCUGAUAUACAGAGGGCAGCCCAGAGCGUAGGGAGGAAUUUUGACCAAUUCACUAAAACAGACAACACGUGCGGGCCUGAACCGCCCCUUGUGGAGAGACUGGAGAAGACUGUUGAAGAGGGUGAGAAGACGAUCAUCAGAGAAGUAGAAGAGAUAGAAGGAGAGGUGGAGAAGGUGAAAGACACGGAAAUCAGCCUGUUCAGUAGACUGUUAGAAGGGUUGAAGGAAGUGCAGAAGGAUGAAGAGUACUUUUUACAAGAGUUGAGCAAAGAAGAAAAGGAACUUCUUGAUGGACUUGAAAUGAAAGCAAGUGAAGUGGAGAAGCUCUUUGGUCAUGCUUUGCCUUUGAGGAAAUUGAGGUAGUGUAGAAAUGGACGAGUUGACGAUGAAUGAUGAAUCAUACUGGUAUAUGUAUAAUUUAUUCAUUCAACCUCAAACGCUCCGAAACAUUGUUUCUCGUUUUGUAUGCGGUUGUAAGGACAGAUUUUAAAACCCGUAGUUAGGAAUGCUUAGGAGGUAGAAAUGAUUGAAUGAGGGACACCGAUUUCUGGCCCGUUAAUCAUUUUCCAAUACUAACUCCAUAUAUGAAAUAGUUAUAGUAACACAUUUACUAUCUGCAGCAUCUGAUACUAUAAAUAACACAUUUACAGGCAAAGUGUUCUCAGAGCAACUCAUCGUUAUAUAAAUUUAUU